AAGGACGUCUGUCUGAGCAUUUAUUGAUAUGGAUGACUUCCCAACGCUUCCAUAACUCUCCUUUAUUUCCUCUAUUAAUUGUUAUUUUCAAGUCAAAUUACAAAUUUACUACGACGAAAGUAGUUUUUGUUCUUCUGAUCAACCGUUGGCUUUCCGUCUUUUGAUUUGUUUGAUUAAUAUUUUGUUUCUGUUGCUUUUGCAGAUUGGUGAUGAACUGACUGAUGAUUCUUCAGCGAGUGAAUUUUGUUUCAAUUGUGUUGAUUUUUGCUAUCUCUGUUGCGGAAGCCGCAGAACAGUGUGACCAAACAUGUAAAACGAGCAAGUUGCUUAAAUCUGUGCCGUACCCGUUCGGGUUCUCAAAGGGUUGCCCGAUCCAACUUACCUGCGACCCGAUGACUGAGUCGGUGAGAAUUGGGGAGUUUGACGUGCAAAAUGUGACGGCGGAGAGCAUCUUCGUUAACCUUCCGGCAAAAUGUAACCGCCAGAUGAGUUCACUCCGUCCGCUCUUCAGCUACAAUUACGGGAUGACGUCACAGAAUAGUUUGCUUCUCCAAAACUGUACUGGUAGUCAGAACGACUGCGUUGUGUCUACGAGUUUGGUUGAGCAACAGCUUAAUUUGAGCUCAUGUGAUAACAAAAGUGAUCAUAUAACCUGCUACUCGUUUACAAAUAAGAGCGAAACAAUUGUGUUGAACUUUGAAGAAUUGAAUCAGACUGGCUGCAACGUUAUAUUGUCUUCUUUUGCUCUCAACUCGGUCGGAGACUCGGGCCGUUCGCUCGAGUUUCAGCGAGUUGAGCUGGCUUGGUGGCUUCCUCCCGAUGAUAAGAAUUGCUCUAACAAUGCCGUGAUUGAGAAAAUUAACCUUCCUAACCAAAGCCAUGGGUUCCGUUGCAUAUGUGAAGAAGGUUUUCAGGGUGACGGGUUCGCCGCCGGAAAUGGGUGCCAGAAAGCUUCUGAUUGCGAUGCUAAAAAGUAUUUAUCUGGUCGCUGUGAAGGAAUCAAAGUUGGUGCUCUUGUUGGAGGGCUAAUUGCUGGAGCUUCCGUUGUGACUGCACUAGCUGUUUUAUGUUACUGCAUCCAAAGGCGGUCUACUUCUUCGAGAAACCAGCUGAGUGCUAAGCGUCUUUUGUAUCAAGCUGCUGGUAACUCUAGUGUACCGUUUUACCCAUACAAAGAAAUUGAAAGAGCCACCAGUUAUUUCUCUGAGAAACAAAGACUGGGAACUGGUGCCUACGGCACAGUUUAUGCAGGAAAACUCAACAAUGAUGAAUGGGUUGCUAUUAAAAGGUUUAGAUAUAGAGACACUGACAGCAUUGACCAAGUCAUGAAUGAGAUUAAGCUUCUGUCCUCUGUGAGCCACCCAAAUCUAGUCCGCCUGUUAGGUUGCUGCAUACAGGAAGGCGAGCCAAUCCUUGUUUAUGAAUUUAUGCCCAAUGGAACUCUAAGUCAGCAUCUGCAAAGAGAGCGAGGCAGUGGACUUCCGUGGACAAUACGGCUUACUAUUGCCGCUGAGACUGCUCGGGCUAUUGCCUAUCUCCAUUCAGUCAUGAAUCCACCAAUUUAUCACCGUGACAUCAAAUCCAGCAAUAUACUCUUGGAUUUCAACUUCAAGUCAAAGGUAGCCGAUUUUGGACUUUCUAGACUUGGCAUGACUGAGUCAUCCCACAUCUCAACAGCCCCACAAGGGACUCCUGGCUAUCUUGAUCCUCAAUACCAUCAAUAUUUCCAUCUUUCUGAUAAAAGUGAUGUUUACAGUUUUGGAGUAGUUUUGGUAGAGAUCAUAACUGCAUUGAAGGUGGUUGACUUUUCUCGCCCUCAUAGCGACGUGAAUUUGGCUGCACUAGCCAUUGACAGGAUUGGGAAAGGCUGUGUAGAUGAGUUAAUAGAUCCAUACCUUGAACCAAAUAGGGAUGCUUGGACACUCUCCUCCAUUCACAAUGUUGCAGAGCUAGCAUUUAGAUGCCUUUCUUUUCACAGAGACAUGAGACCCACUAUGACAGAAGUAGCAGAAGAGCUAGAACACAUCAGAGUCAGUUCAUGGGCUUCAAAUAUGUACAUGGCAUCUCCACCAGCUUCAUGUUGUUCGUCAUCAGACUUUGGUAGUGAUAGAUCACUCGGUGGUCUGAUGAUUAAGAAAGCAGAGGCGAAGAGUCGGAGAUUAAUUGUUCCUCCAAAGGCUGUCGAUUGUCUGGCUACAUUGGAGGAGACAAAGGAUAGCUCCCCAGUAUCUGUGCAGGAUCCUUGGUUAAGUGAACAGAGUUCACCUUCAACAAACAGCUUGCUGGGUAAUGUAGUACAGUGACAUCAAAGCUAUUUCUUAAACUUUUGUGAAUACUAUUGAUAUUGAAGUUUAUUAUAUAUCUUGUAGUUAUAGAUA